GGCCAGAGCCCGGGACGGGACGCGGGCCGGGGUCCCCAGCCCCGGGGCGCAGCCUGCGUGCCAGGCGGGAGGGGACGGAGAGGCCCCCUCCGCACCCCACCCUGCGCCCCACGACCCCUUUUUGGCUAGAGGGACCAGAAAGCAGAAGCGGGCCGGGCGGGGACCUGCAGGUGGCCGCUGGCGUGGCCACUCCCCGCCACCGAGGGCGGCCGCCGUACUUUCGCCCGGGUCGCACAGCAGCCGGGCGGGGAGCGCGGUCCGGACCCCACGGCGGCCCAGACUUUUCAGGGGAAACCGACGCGGGGCGUGGGCAGGGGCCGUGGGCCACUCCUGGCGGGGACAGGGGUCGGCGCCCAGCUGCGCCGUGUGCCCGGAGCCCCGUGCUGCAUUGCCUCGCUGCGGGGCUGGGGCGGCGGCCGGGUCUCUCACGGGAACAGAGCCACUGGGGCCACACCCCAUCCGGCUCCUCCUCCGCUCCCCAGCGCCUGUCCUCCCGGGGUGCCGACCGCGGGGCGGCCCGGGGCCUUCGCACUGAGCUCCUCUCCGCGCUCUGCUGUGUUGUUUGAGACAAGGUUUCACUAAGCUGCCCACGCUACGCUGGACUUGUGAUCCUCCUGCCUCAGCCUCCCAGCGUGCCGGGGUGAUCGUGGACUCAGAAGUCCUCGGGCUGGGAGGGGACGUGUCGUAGGAGCCGUUCGAUUGUCAGCUCUAAGGUGCCCCGAUACGCGGGACCACGGUGAUUACCCAGGGUGCCACAGGACAGCUGGCCCCAGCCGGGGUAGGGCGUGCUAGGCAACCGUGACCCAGGGGCGAUGUGGGAGCUCAGGUCCAAGACCUGUGGGGUCCUACUGAGUGUCCCUCGGGACCAGAGUUAGACAGGGCCUCAGGGCAGCUGGCGGGGCUGGCACUCUGGGGACACGGAGGGCACGGGUGGCCUGUGGUUGCUGACAUUCGGCCAUGAAGCCGCGGAUGGGAGGGGGGAGGGGAUCCCAGGGUUCAGGGGAGGGCGUCGGGUGUGGUGGCACGUGCCUGUGUUCUCAGCACUCCGGGAGGCUGAGGCAGGAGGAUGGCAAGUUGGAGCCCCACCUGGGUAUUUUGGCAGGACACUGUCUCAAUAAAGAAACAGAAGGGAUGGGCCGGGGAUGCGUGAGGUCUGGUUCCUGGUACCCCUACACACACAUACACACACACACACACACACACGCCGGGGAUGCGU